AUGGAGGAUGGAAAGAACAACGUGAAAAGGAAGUCCCCAUCCCCAUUGCUCAAUCCCCCUCGUCACCAUUACUCAGUCCUCAUCCCCAUUGCUCAGUCCCCAUCCCCAUUGCUCAAUCCUCGUCACCAUUACUCAGUCCUCAUCCCCAUUGCUCAGUCCCCAUACCCAUUGCUCAGUUCCUCAUCCCCAUUGCUCAGUCCCCAUCCCCAUUGCUCAGUCCUAGUCAUCAUUGCUCAGUCCUCCUCAACAACCCUUAGUCCUCAUCACCAUUGCUCAGUCCUCAUCGCCAUUGCUCAGUCCUCCUCAACAACCCUUAGUCCUCAUCACCAUUGCUCGUCCCCCACCCCCAUUGCUAUCCUCAUCACAAUUGCUCAGUCCCCAUCACCAUUGCUCAGUCCUCAUCACCAUUGCUCAGUCCUCAUCACCAUUGCUCAAUCCUCCUCAACAACCCUUAGUCCUCAUCACCAUUGCUCAGUCCUCAUCACCAUUGCUCAGUCCUCAUCACCAUUGCUCAGUCCCCAUCACCAUUGCUCAGUCCUCAUCACCAUUGCUCAAUCCUCCUCAACAUUACCCCCCUUAUCCUCAUCACCAUUGCUCAGUCCUCAUCACCAUUGCUCAGUCCUCAUCACCAUUGCUCAGUCCUCCUCAACAACCCUUAGUCCUCAUCACCAUUGCUCAGUCCUCAUCACCAUUGCUCAGUCCCCAUCACCAUUGCUCAGUCCUCCUCAACAACCUUUAGUCUCCAUCACCAUUUGCUCAGUCCUCAUCACCAUUGCUCAGUCCCCAUCACCAUUGCUCAGUCCUCCUCAACAACCCUUAGUCCUCGUCACCAUUGCUCAGUCCUCAUCACCAUUGCUCAGUCCCCAUCACCAUUGCUCAGUCCUCAUCACCAUUGCUCAGUCCCCAUCACCAUUGCUCAGUCCUCCUCAACAACCCUUAGUCCUCGUCACCAUUGCUCAGUCCUCAUCACCAUUGCUCAGUCCCCAUCACCAUUGCUCAGUCCUCAUCACCAUUGCUCAGUCCUCCUCAACAACCCUUAGUCCUCAUCACCAUUGCUCAGUCCUCAUCACCAUUGCUCAGUCCUCCUCAACAACCCUUAGUCCUCAUCACCAUUGCUCAGUCCUCCUCAACAACCCUUAUCCUCAUCACCAUUGCUCAGUCCUCAUCACCAUUGCUCAGUCCUCCUCAACAACCCUUAGUCCUCAUCACCAUUGCUCAGUCCUCAUCACCAUUGCUCAGUCCCCAUCACCAUUGCUCGUAUCCUCCUCAACAACCCUUAGUCCUCAUCACCAUUGCUCAGUCCCCAUCACCAUUGCUCAGUCCUCAUCACCAUUGCUCAGUCCUCCUCAACAACCCUUAGUCCUCAUCACCAUUGCUCAGUCCCCAUCACCAUUGCUCAGUCCCCAUCAUGCUCAGCUCGUGCCUCAACAACCUUUAGUCUCCAUCGUCAUUGCUCAGUCCUCAUCACCAUUGCUCGGUCCUCCUCAACAACCCUUAGUCCUCACAACACAUUGCUCAGUCGUCAUCACUAUUGCUCAGUCCUCAUCACCAUUGCUCAGUCCUCAUCAACAACCCUUAGUCCUCAUCACCAUUGCUCAGUCUUCAUCACCAUUCCUCAGUCCUCCUCAACAACCCUUAGUCCUCAUCACCAUUGCUCAGUCCUCAUCACCAUUGCUCAGUCCUCCUCAACAACCCUUAGUCCUCAUCACCAUUGCUCAGUCCCCAUCACCAUUGCUCAGUCCUCAUCACCAUUGCUCAGUCCUCCUCAACAACCCUUACCUAGGCCUCUCCAUCACCAUUGCUCAGUCCUCCUCCAACAACCCUUACGUCCUCAUCACCAUUGCUCAGUAA